AUCCGGUGUCCUUUUCAUGAAGUUGGAAGAAAAUAAAAAUGGGAGAAGAAGAAGUGCAGGUGUUUGGUUUCCGAUCAGGUCCGUUUAGUCUGAGAGUGGAAUUGGCUCUUAAACUCAAAGGCGUCCAUUACCAACACAUUGACGAAGAUCUGCUGAACAAAAAGAGCGAUUUGCUGCUGAAAUACAAUCCAAUUUACAAGAAGGUCCCUGUUCUUGUUCACCAUGGAAAACCCAUUUCAGAGUCUCUUCUAAUUCUUGAAUACAUCGAAGAAACCUGGACAGAAAAUUAUGCCAUCUUGCCGCAACAUCCCCAUCAAAGAGCUCUUGCCAGAUUCUGGGCUAAGUAUAUUGAUGAUAAGAUUGUGCCGGCGGUCCAAAAAGCCGCGAGAAGCAAAGAAGAAGAAAGAGAGAAGAGUAUAGAAGAAGCACAUGAGGCAUUGGAACCACUUGAGAAAGAGCUUAAAAACAAGUUUUUUGGAGGGGACAAAAUUGGAUUUGUGGACAUUGUAGGCCUCAUUUUAGCGUGCUGGAUUCCUGCCACUGAAGAAGCUGUAGGCUUUGAGCUGCUAUCACCACAUAAGUUUCCAAAUCUAACCAAAUGGAGUCAAGAGUUUGUGAACCACAGCAUUGCAAAGGAAGUUUUGCCUCAAAAAGAUGCUCUUGUUGCCUUUUUGAAGAAUGUUGUGUUUGCUCCAAGAAACUAAGACAUGAAAUUGGGAGUGAAGAGUUGUUAUGUUCGGAUUACCUUUUUUUGCUUUGUUUGUUGUGUGAACUUAUAUGGGGGUGUAAGUUUUUUUCUUUCUCCUUUCAAGUAAUUUAUUAUAUUUAAAUAAAUAUGAAAGUCUUGGUUGGGAAAAGAAAA